UCAGGGGUCAGGGGUCGGGGAUCAGGGCGGGGUCGGGUGCACUGGUAGCCUGCGCAUGGGCCUCCAGCUUCGCGCGCUGUUGGGAGCCUUCGGACGGUGGACCCUGCGCCUGGGACCGCGUCCGUUCUGCUCGUCGCGCAUGGCCGGGAACGCGGAGCCGCCGCCCGCCGGAUCCGCAUGCCCCCAGGACCUGAGGUCCUGGGCCGGGGGCGACCGCGUCUGGGAGGACGGAGAGCAUCCGGCGAAGAAGCUCAAGAGCGGUGGGGACGAGGAGCGGCGCGGCAAGCUGCCCAAGCGGAAGAUCGUGCUGCUCAUGGCCUAUUCGGGCAAGGGCUACCACGGCAUGCAGAGGAAUGUUGGGUCCUCACAAUUCAAAACAAUUGAAGAUGACUUGGUGUCCGCCCUCGUCCGGUCAGGCUGUAUUCCUGAAAAUCAUGGCGAGGACAUGAGGAAAAUGUCCUUCCAGCGCUGCGCCCGGACAGACAAGGGUGUGUCCGCAGCCGGCCAGGUGGUAUCCCUGAAGGUGUGGCUGAUUGACAACAUUCUAGAAAAGAUCAACAGCCACCUUCCCUCUCACAUUCGGAUUCUGGGACUGAAGCGGGUCACGGGCGGGUUUAACUCCAAGAACAGAUGUGAUGCCAGGACCUAUUGCUACCUGCUGCCCACGUUUGCCUUUGCGCACAAGGACCGGGAUGUGCAGGAUGAGACCUACCGCCUGAGCGCUGAGACGCUGCAGCAGGUCAACAGGCUCCUGGCCUGCUACAAGGGAACGCACAACUUCCACAAUUUCACCUCGCAGAAGGGGCCACAGGAGCCCAGUGCCCGCCGCUACAUCCUGGAGAUGUACUGCGAGGAACCCUUUGUGCGGGAGGGCCUGGAGUUUGCGGUGAUCAGGGUGAAGGGCCAGAGCUUCAUGAUGCAUCAGAUCCGGAAGAUGGUCGGCCUGGUGGUGGCCAUCGUGAAGGGUUAUGCCCCUGAAUGCGUGCUGGAGCGCAGCUGGGGCACAGAGAAGGUGGACGUGCCCAAGGCGCCGGGACUUGGCCUGGUCCUGGAGAGGGUGCACUUUGAGAAGUACAACCAGCGCUUUGGCAACGAUGGGCUGCAUGAGCCGCUGGACUGGGUGCAGGAGGAGGGCAAGGUCGCAGCCUUCAAGGAGGAGCACAUCUACCCCACUAUCAUUGGCACCGAGCGGGAUGAACGCUCCAUGGCCCAGUGGCUGAGCACCUUGCCCAUCCACAACUUCAGUGCCACCACUCUCACGGCAGGUGGCACUGGCGCCAAGGUGCCCAGUCCCCUGGAAGGCAGCGAAGGGGACGGAGACACUGACUGAGGCGAUGGGAGCUGCCCACCAGAGUGCCUCUGAGCAGCUCACAGUGUGUGCCCAGGUGUGCCACCCCUGUGGGCAGCAAGAAGCUGGGAUCGCUGCAGCCAUGUUUUCCCGGCCAUGGCUUCUCAGGCCUGCCUGGCAGAUGUGGCCUGGCGUUGUAACCUCAGGACCCUUUCCUUGUAGGAACAGCCUUUAUCGAAUCUGUUUUCAGCUCUUGCAUUGCAUAGAUGAACCUCAGCAUGUAAAGAACUAUUUUUUUAAAGAAGUGAUUUUCUUAUUAAACAAGUACAAAUUUUGCUUAGUCAA